AUCCCCAUCAUCUCUCUCUCUCUCUCUCUCUCUCUCUCUAUAUGUGAUUCAAUCAAUCAAUAAAUCAAUCAGACUGCCGUCUCGUUAAUUUCACCUCACCAUCGAGUUCUGUUGCUCUGAAUUCUCUGUAUAAAAUGACUGAAUUUUUAUUUGAUUUUAUUUAAUUAGAAAUCGUUGUGUGCAGAGACGCACAUUGGUGUGUAUAAAAUAGAUAGAUAUAUACAUUUUUUAUAAGUAGCGGUGGUUUGUGGAGUGUGGGCGGAGGAAUUGGAGAUUGGGGAUGGCGGCGGCGGCGACGGCGUCUUCGUUGAUGUGCUCGUGGCUAAUGGCCGCUUGCAUGUCAGUCGCUUGUGAAAAGGACUCCUCCGUUUCCAUGCUGUCGUCGUCCAAUUCGCCCCGCCUCAGCAAAUGGGCGGCGCGCCGCCGGAAGAGGGCUCUUGCCAAGUGUGCGCCGGAGUUGUCCGCCGCUCCGAAUCUCGUGGCCUCCUGCUUAGCCUUCGAGCCCUGCGAUCAGUUCUAUAAAUCUUCGCAUGCCUGUGAAUUUUUCUUUGGCUUCGGAUCGAGGAAUGCUCCGGUGCAUCGCAGUCGCAGAAAAAUCCUUCGCCCGGCUGCUCAUUCUGGAGAAGCAAUGGCCGUAUCUGUACAUCCGGGCUUGGAAGUUACGACGAAGAAGAAUCUUCCUACCAAGCAAAGGAGAGUGGUUGUGACAGGUAUGGGAGUGGAGACACCACUGGGUCAUGAUCCAGAUGUAUUCUACAAUAACCUGCUAGAAGGAGUCAGUGGCAUUAGUGAGAUAGAGGCUUUUGAUUGUUCCCGUUAUCCAACAAGAAUUGCUGGAGAAAUCAAGUCAUAUUCGACAGAUGGCUGGGUUGCUCCCAAACUUUCCAAAAGAAUGGACAAGUUCAUGCUUUACAUGCUGACCGCAGGCAAGAAGGCCUUAGCUGAUGGAGGAAUAACGGAAGAUGUCAUGGAGGAAUUAAAUAAAUCAAAAUGUGGAGUGUUGAUUGGUUCUGGUAUGGGGGGGAUGAAGGUCUUCAAUGAUGCAAUUGAAGCUUUGCGGGUUUCUUACAGGAAGAUGAAUCCAUUUUGUGUACCUUUUGCAACUACAAAUAUGGGCUCUGCCAUGCUUGCUAUGGAUUUGGGAUGGAUGGGCCCAAAUUACUCAAUAUCUACUGCUUGUGCAACAAGCAACUUCUGUAUACUGAAUGCUGCUAACCACAUCAUCAGAGGGGAAGCUGACAUGAUGCUUUGUGGUGGAUCAGAUGCAGCAAUAAUACCGAUUGGAUUAGGAGGCUUUGUCGCAUGCAGAGCACUGUCACAGAGGAACGCUGAUCCCACUAAAGCCUCGCGCCCCUGGGAUAGUGGGCGUGACGGAUUUGUUAUGGGAGAAGGGGCUGGAGUAUUACUUCUGGAAGAACUUGAGCAUGCUAAGAAAAGAGGUGCAACUAUCUAUGCUGAAUUUCUUGGUGGAAGUUUCACUUGUGAUGCUUAUCACAUGACAGAGCCUCAUCCAGAAGGAGCUGGUGUAAUUCUAUGCAUAGAAAAGGCUCUGGCUCAGUCGGGAGUAUCGAAGGAAGAUGUGAAUUACAUAAAUGCACAUGCAACAUCUACUCCAGCUGGUGAUCUAAAAGAGUACCAAGCGCUUAUGCGUUGUUUCGGGAAGAAUCCAGAGUUAAGAGUGAACUCCACAAAGUCUAUGAUCGGGCACUUGCUCGGUGCAGCUGGUGCUGUGGAGGCAGUUGCAACUGUGCAGGCAAUCCGGACAGGCUGGGUUCAUCCAAAUAUCAAUCUUGAAAAUCCAGAUACUGGUGUGGAUACAAAUUUGCUGGUGGGACCGACGAAAGAACGGCUGUCGAUUAAGGUGGCUUUGUCUAAUUCAUUCGGGUUUGGUGGCCAUAAUUCAUCAAUUUUAUUUGCUCCAUUUCAAUAGAUUUUGUGGUGCUUUAUAAGUUUGGAGAAAAGAAUGAUGUAUGGGGUAUGUAAUUUGAUUAAAAAUAAAAAAUUGCUUCAGCAAUUUGAUUUUGAUUAUGAUU